CGCUCGCUCCGGACGCCGGGUGCUGUCAUGGCGCGUGCGUUGAAGAAGACCACCGGCCUGGUGGGAUUGGCAGUGUGCGACACUCCACACGAGAGGCUAACAAUAUUGUAUACAAAGAUUCUUGAUAUUCUGAAGCAGUUCCCUAAACAUGCAGCCUAUAGAAAAUACACAGAACAGAUCACCAGUGAGAAGCUAGAUAUGGUCAAGGCAGAACCAGAUGUUAAAAAAUUAGAAAACUUGCUUCAGGGUGGUGAAGUAGAAGAGGUGAUUCUUCAGGCUGAAAAUGAACUAAGUCUGGCAAGGAAGAUGCUGCAGUGGAAGCCAUGGGAACCACUGGUGGAAGAGCCUCCUGCCAACCAGUGGAAGUGGCCAAUAUGAUCACAGUGUCUGAUGGCUGAUGCCAAUUAAAUGUGCAAUUAAAUGUUCUGU